GCGUGGGCCAGCGUGGGCUAGCGUGGGCUAGCGUGGGCCAGCGUGGGCUAGCGUGGGCCAGCGUGGGCCAGCGUGGGCCAGCGUGGGCUAGCGUGAGCUAGCGUGGGCUAGCGUGAGCUAGCGUGGGCUAGCGCAGCAUCGCUGGUUGCCGUCACUACCCCUCGUCUCCACAGACACGUGCAGUAAUAUGUGUUUACCAUCCACCUUGGCGUGUACCAGUGCACACAUGUGCGUACGAACACGGACAACAGGCAGACGGAUGCAGAGCAAGGUGCUGCGUGGGGCAGUAGCAGCACGGCUGUUGGUGACAGGCUCUUAUAGUGUCUCGUCUGCUCCAGUGAUCCAAGGGAAUCUGGGUCAUUUCCAGCCUGUUCACAUGUAACCGUUCCCCACCCCUUCCCUCCCUCUGCCCAGAGUCAGCUACUCUCCAGCUCCAUGCUAAUGAGUGCACAUAGUAAAUGGACUUCUUAUUGCAAACUGGUUGGUGGUGCAUCACGUCUGGGGCUUAAUAUUAAUUUUAAAGGAUUAAUUUAGCAGCUGGAGCUGUCAAUCACAUGAUCAUAUGAUCAAACGGAGCUUGCAGGUGGCUGUGGAAUUGAAGGAUGAUGUCAGGUGUUACUAUUAUUUUGCCCACCCCCCACAUUUCCCUUCUCUGGGUUUGAAUCGCUUCCAUCUAACCUCCAGAAGGAUACUUCACGUUAGUCCACACAGAAAUAAAUGCGGUGCUCUGUAUUGAAUAUGUAAAAAUGUGUGAUGUGAAAUAUGACCCUCUGUAAGUGCGUCAAAGCGGUUUUGUGUCGCAUAUUGGGUGCAGAGAUGGAAGUGGGAUCUGUGAAAUGAAUGAACAAAAAAAGCAGACGUGGUUGAAUGAGAUCCAGUGUGUGGCCGUGCGCAAUGUGCGGAGAUAUUGGUGUCAGGAGGCCCGGGAGCUCCUGCCACAGUCACACAGCGCGUACAGGUUACACACUAUAGCUUCUGAUGUACAACACAGAUGACGUUUGGUAUUUCAUAUAGCAAAACGGUAAAGUCGCAAGAACACAGCAAUGAAAUAGCGCGUUACAGUGAAUCCAGUGUCGUUGCGCCGGUGUCCACGGAAUUAUUACCCGAAGACUGCUGCCAUGAGCCUAAAACAUGAAUUGACCAUGAGGGGAAAAACCGUGUCCAGACCCCCUUUUCAUAUUAUCAAUAUUUCACGCGCGCCCAUGAGCUAGACGUGUUGCUUACAGAGCAUAGUCUACAAUUGUUAUUUCCAUCCCUCCGUUUAAGAGAUCCAAGACCUGCCUAUAUUUUAUUGAUGUGCGCGUCUUUGAAAAAAAGCAAAGUAUUGCAGGCCUUGUAAAUUUAGUUUGGGACGAGCAGCCUGCAGAAAUGAAAUAUUUACAAGCGGAUAAAUAUUUCAAAGCAGCACCUUGUCGGUCGCCCUUACAAUUUACAUGCACGGCUGAUCAGGAGGUCUUAUCCUUUAUUUACCCAUGUUUAUCUAUUGGUGUUCAUAAUGCGAGUGAAUGACCGACGUCUUAAUCUGCUCAUUGCUCUUUUACUUGUUAUUUUCUUUUUUUUGCUAUAUUGGCAGUUUAAUUAGAAAAAACAAUGCGACCUAUUUAUUUGUGUAAUCAGGCCGGUUUCUAAUAAGCGAAGCACAAAUCCUCCAUCAACAUAAAGUGAUGACGCGCAAACGCUUGAUUAUGAAGAUUUUUCUCCGCUUUAAAUUAUGAUGAGGUCUUCAGCAAACCAGCAGAAAUGAACAGCUUCCUGUGCAGAAGGCAUUUCAUAACCCCGCAUCAAGAGUCUAUAAUUCAUGCAAAAAGAGCCCGAGGGGGAUUCAGCUCGAGUGUGCGCAGUGUGUGCGUCCGUGCGUGUGCGUAAAGAGGGGCGGGGGGAGAGUGGCGCGUCUCUGUGCGUGCGUGCGUGCAUGUAUGUAUGUGUGUGUGUGUGAAAAUAAUAUCAGGCUUUUCCGUCAGAAUGAACUUUACUACUGUAUCCAGCCAUGAAAUAAUCUGACCCGACACUUCAAACCAUCUGCGCUAUCUAUCCGCCCUCUUAUUUACUAAAUCAGCCUGUGCACAAAACGGAGUGUGUCUGAUACUAAAGCCGAGUAGCCUGGCAGGGCCGCGAUAAUCCUAUAUACACAAAUAUAGCGUUUGUCCCCUGCUAUGUUUUACAGCCUUUACAGUGUGGAAGCAGCCUCCCUCCCGCUGCUGCCGACGACUCGACCACGCUGUAAAUUUAAGCUGCUGUACGAGCCUCAGUGUGCAGAGCUCACCAUCACACGCGCACACACACACGCACACAAACAACUGCCAAUCUAACAGCAAGCAGCCUGUGUUUUAGAAAAAACAAACAAUAUAUAUAUCAAAAUAAUCUUGCGAGCAAAAGCAGUGCAUUACAACAUAACUUAUGAUUAACCACCAAUGAUGCUGUGAGCUUAAAAACCCUUUUAACGCCUUUUGAAGUUUUUCAUUAAACUGCACUGACCGUUUUAAAUCGAUUUCUAUAUUUUUUCAGACUUCAAGUAAGAAUAUUAAUAUUAUCCGAAUAUAGCAAAUGAAUUAUCCAAAUCCAAUCUAUUUUUUAAACUGAGACGUAUACAUAUAAGGAGUAUGGGUUUAUGAUACAGUAGCUUAAUAUUAUAAGAGCAUUAUAGGCUGCGGUAUGGAUUGAAAAUAUAAGUGAGGUGACUAUAAAAACAUUUUCUGGGCUAAACUAAAGACUGUAUAAAAAACAACAGUGUAGAAUAAUAUCUAAUAUUAUCUACUGACCUCAGGGCAGCGCAUGUAGCCUGUAGUCAGCGGGGAUGUGUCAUUUUGCUGUGCAAAGCCAUUUAUUUCAAGGGCUCUGAAGGGAGACUGAGCUGAGCGUGUUUUGCUGCUUAGGCACUUCACUAUAUGGACUGAAGAGUCUUUCUUCAACGCCGCACAAAGGCGCGGGGUGUUCGGGAAGCACGACGGGGCUGCUAAACAUUUGAAGACACGAAGCAAAAAGGUCAAAAUGUUUAUAUUAUUUUUGAAAAGGGAGGCGCCGAGUUCUCUUUUCCGCCUGAUUGGUCGAACUUGACAGUGAUUGACGUGCAUCCAUGGCAACCGUGCAGCCAAUCUGCCAAGUCCAAUAGGAAAUCAUCGGAGGGGGUUUGACUGUCUUUUUCUCCCUCCUUAAAAAAUACACCUCGGCUCCGGCUUUAAUUCUUUCCUACUUUGAAUCUCAGCGUAUCUUGAAAAAUACUUCGCUCCGGCUUUAAUUGUCUCGCGCCGUCAGCCAGUUGCCUGUCAAGUUCCACAGCCCGAGGAUGCGGUAGCCGGUCCCCACGCAGCAUCGUUCCACCUCCGAGGCGUCUACUGUUUGUUUUUCACGGCUGCUCAGGCGAUUGGUUUGGUAACUUUGGGAUUGCCUCGUCUCUUUGGGCGUCUUGGAUUGCGUCGGCGCGCGGCAACAAGACGCGGAGCACCCGACGAGCGGGAGAGAAAGAGACAGGAGAAAGGAGGGGGAGAGGGAAACACAGGAGAAGCCUCCAUGUUUCAGCUGCCCAUCUUGAAUUUCAGCCCCCAGCAGGUCGCCGGGGUCUGCGAGACUCUGGAGGAGAGCGGGGACGUCGAGCGCCUCGGCCGCUUCCUCUGGUCGCUGCCCGUCGCGCCCGCGGCCUGCGAGGUCCUCAACAAGAACGAGUCGGUGCUGAGGGCCCGCGCCGUCGUCGCCUUCCACACGGGCAAUUUCCGCGAACUCUACCACAUCCUGGAGAACCACAAGUUCACCAAAGAAUCCCACACAAAGCUGCAGGCGCUGUGGCUCGAAGCGCACUAUCAGGAGGCUGAGAAGCUGCGCGGACGCCCGCUGGGGCCGGUGGACAAAUACCGCGUGCGCAAGAAGUUCCCCCUCCCCAGAACCAUCUGGGAUGGCGAGCAGAAGACCCACUGCUUCAAGGAGCGAACCCGGCACUUGUUAAGAGAAUGGUAUUUGCAGGAUCCAUAUCCGAACCCCAGUAAAAAGAGGGAGCUUGCACAAGCUACCGGACUAACACCCACACAAGUAGGAAACUGGUUCAAAAACCGCAGACAAAGAGACAGAGCUGCGGCUGCGAAGAACAGGCUCCAGCAGCAGGUUCUGUCCGGGGGCUCGGUUCGCUCCCUGGCGGACGAGGACGGCACCGUGGACCGCCUCGGGAACUCGUCCAGCCCGGAGGCGAGUUUGUCCAGCAAAGCAGCCGCCUCGGCCAUCUCCAUCACCUCCAGCGACAGUGAAUGUGAUAUCUGACGGGCAGAUCGAGGGUGUUGAUGAAUUAAAAUAAGGAUACGAGUGAAAGACAAUCUAAUAAAACAAGUCAUAGUGCCUGCGUUGAGUUAAAAAGCAACACAUACACACACACUGAUGUUUGACGGCUGCCAAAACAUGAGGGGAUCUGAUCUUCGGCGGACUGCCCGCCCUUAUCCUUUUAGGCCUAUACUUUUGUUUGCGUUCUACCCACGCGUGGAUAACAGAACUUAAUACGGACGAAACAUCAUUUGACGGACUAAUGAACCAACGCCCCGACACGAAACGGUAAUAAAACAACAACAACAAAAAAAAUCGAGGACCGAGGGAUAAAGGCACCCGAGCGCCUGACCCGCUGUUCUCUGUGGGUGUUUCAUGUGGGGAAAAGAACUGUGAUAUUUUUACUUUACUUUCAAAGUUUUAUAAAUAAUGUUUAUUUGCCUAUUUAAAACGAUCUGCUCUGUCUCUUCGAAUUUCAUAUUCAUUUGCUUGGUGUUUUUAAUACUUACCUUGUACACAGGUGAACCUGUUGAGCAUGCGCGCUUUAGUGAAAAUGUGUUUCAGUAAAAGAAAAAAAAAAGUAAAGAUAACUUAAUAAAAUAAUUGUUGAUCAAGAUACUUUAAAGUUUAGUCUUAUUUUUCUUUAAUUGUGAUGUGACCAAAACACACAGCGAUUAAUAAAAUUGGAAAACAUCGAUAUUUACGGCUCUAUAAAAUCCUCUGGGCUGUUUUGGUGAAGGGGAAACUUUUCUAGUGGCUUUAACGCCACUGUGCCGUGUUCCCUGACACGUUUUAGAGCGAGGCCUAAUUGGCCAACAUGCUCUGCGUCCAGUAAUGCAGGGUGACAGCGAGAGGUCACCGAGAGGCCGGCUCAGUAACCCGGAUGAUCUGCAAGAGAGAUCAUAGAGAUCAAAACACAGCAGACUGUAGUAGUGGCCGUACACAAUACAGAAACGGGCUUCUUUCAACGUGCAAGUGUCCAUUUUCCCAAGGCACGCAGGCUUUAUUUCCGUGAUCAGCCUUUAAUUCAGUGCACUGAAUUAAAUGCGAUGCAUUGUUUAAAUGGACAUAAACUAGCAGCAGACCUUUUGACUUUUUUAAGGCUACAUUUUUGCAAUAUGGUGUUAAAUUCCAGCAUUAGUGUGGCAUCAAUGCACGUAUCGAAUAUUAUGUUACUAAUAGAAAAUAUGUCUGUUUGAACAAAGCAGCCAUUGGUUUAAUUUUAAUUGGCCACAGUCUUCAAUGCUUUACUAAAAUACCAACAUAUUUACACUAUAUUGCUGCUUCCGAUGAUGUACAAUGGGUAACGUUGUGUUAACCUUCUGCCAAGAAGCGAAGCAGGUUAUUUAUCACCUUGAGCAACACAUUAUAUAUAACCCUGUUGUAUAUUAAACUAUGUAUAAAUCA